CGUUGUUCGCUAUCGCUGUAUCCUGCUUCACUUGGUUCGUGUAGCUCUAGCAGUAGCUGUUUCUGGUCAGUAUCAGGACCGUUCGUUCGGUUCUGGCGCUGGAGGGCCAGAGAUGGCCGAGUAUAGUCAAACGGGUAUAUUAACUGCCCUGCUGCUGUUUACUGCAGUCACGGUUAAGGAUAUUUAUGUGGGCCGGAGCAGCAGCAUGACUCAACAGGACAGUACCGGGCCCGAUAGCUUUCUGGAGCCUGACGUAAACACACAGAGACACAACAAACCCAAAAUGUACACCGGGCCGGUACUCAAGUUCCAGUUCUGUAUCUCCUGAGGGUACAGUAAGGUGUUCCAGGAGUACUCCCGGUCCAUAAACCAGCUGUACCCGGACAUCAAAAUCGAGGGAGAGAAUUACCCUCCCAAAUCUAUCAACAAAUACCUUGCAAAUUUUAUCUCCUACUUCAAAUUGCUUGCCAUCGCCUUGAUUGUGACGGGACAAAAUCCUUUUCAAAUGUUUGGAAUGAACACUCCAAGAAUAUGGUUCUGGGGACAGGAGAAUAAGAUAUUCUCCUGUCUUAUGGUCUUCUUCAUCAGUAACAUGUUGGAGACUCAUUUCCUCUCCACUGGAGCUUUUGAAAUCUCAUUGAACGAUGUACCUAUUUGGUCCAAGUUGCAAUCAGGAUAUGUGCCCAACAUUCAAGAGCUUUUCCAGAUCUUGGAUAACCACCUUAAGAUGAAUCAGGUCGACAAGCUGAACUUUCCUUCACCAUAAAGCAGUUGUUGCUUAGAGACAAGUCACCAGAUGUGUUUCUCUGUUCAGUGAGAUUGUGAACUGUGGUAUAAUGAAGGUUUGUACUGAAAACAGUUGACUGUUAGUGCAGACUGGAUGAUCAGACACCACAGACGCUCCCUCUGCUCAGUGUCACACACCUUUGGAUCGACUGGAUCUCUUCACGGCAUCAAUCUACAUGCAUUCAGUAGUAGGAGAAUCACGGAGACAUUAAAUCUGUUAGUAAAUGAAAUUGGAGGCACAUGCGAGUUUUUAUUUAGUCUGUGGUCAGGAGUGCUUUAAGCUUUAAUUGUAAUGGGAUAUGACACUUUUCUCAAGGGCAGCCGUGUUUUCUUUACAUAGAAGUCUUAAAAUGAUAUUUAAACAUGAUUAUGUGUUUGCACUGGUGUAGAUCUGUACUGUAUUUGGGUUAUUGGAAUACUUAUAAAUGAAUGGGAAAAUCUGUAUGCUGCAGAAACGUGCAGUUCAGUUAAAGUAAGUCUGUUUUUAAUGCUUGAAAUAGUCACAGCCGGUUUGCUUGUGUUAGAGCAGAUGAUUUAAGAGAGGAGACAUUGAGAAUUGAAGGCUAAAUCUUCCUCUCUUCUCAUAAACUUUUAAGCCAGAAUAUUCUGUGAUAUCUUUCAGUGAUUGUCUGGGUUGCUGCAAUCGUCUUCAUUCUGCUGUUGUGGUUUGUUGGAUAUCAGAAAAGAUGUGAAUGCUAAAGACUAUUUUUCCAGCUCUCUUCAUACAAAUGUGGCGGUUAGAAAUGCACUCCUUAUAUGUUAGUGUACUUCUGUGUGAAUUUGUUACAACAGUGAUGCUUAAUUGGAAUUAUGUUUGAUGGAAGAAAUCACAAUAAAUGCAAAAUAAAGAUUUUAAAAUGCAAA